AUGAUAUUAUUGAAAUUUAUUCUUAUCAUGGGUGUAUUAACAACAAAUAUACAUGCACAAUGUGCAAUAGCUGCAAAGCCAGGAGAUAUUGCUGCUUGUCUUCGUUAUUUAACAUCGGGAGCUGUCGGAGCUGCUUUAAAAGAUCUUAAAAUGAUAUGUGGCAUUGCUGCUGAUAUUGCUAAUUGUGCUAGAAGAGAAAUUUUUGGUUGUGUGGCUGAAAAAUUUGGAGAAGCAGCCCUCAACGAAAUCAAAGAUAUAGCUGAAAGAUGUUGUCCAGACAGAAAUCAAGCAGGAUGUCCAAUUCGAGAUUCAGUAAUUCAGGAACAACGUUGUUUUUCUGCUGAUUCUCUUGUCACUUUAUCUGAUGGUAAACAAAAAUCAAUUGUUGAUUUACAAUCAGAUGAUUCACUUCUUGCUUAUGAUGAUAAAACAAAGAAAGUUCUCUCUACACAUCUACUUACUAUGCUCGAUUUUCAACCACAUCAAUUCGGUAAAAUAUAUCAAUUUACUUAUAUUAUACUUUUCAUAUCGUUCUUUAUAUUAGCUUUCUUCAAACAAGUGAUUACAACUACAGGUCGACAGUUAUCACUUUCUUCAUCUCAUCUUGUUCCAACUGAUAAACAUGGUUAUGUAAUGGCAAAAAAUAUUCGCAUAGGAAUGAAUGUCUAUGUCAUGAAUGACAAUGGUGUCUUAAUAACUGAAACUGUUUCAAAUGUAUCUGAUGUUGUUAAACAAGGAUAUAUAGCUCCAUUAACGGAAGAAGGUACAUUAAUUGUAAACAAUGUUGCAGCUUCUUGUUAUGCUACAAUCAAUAGUCACCAUGCUGCUCAUGCUGUAUUAGCGCCUAUGAGAUGGUGGCACAGUUUAUUUGGAAUGUCACAUAAAUCAAAUGAAGCUAUUGGUAUUCAUUGGUUUCCUAAAAUGUUGUAUGAAAUGGCAUCGUUUUUAAUACCUUCAAUCAUUCACAAAUGA